AUAACAUUAUUUGCUACUAGGCCAGAAACCAGAAAACAACUGAAAAAAUGUAAAAACUGUUUAAAACAAAUAAAUAUAAUAUACUUUCAUAUCUAUUUACUAAGGUUAGCAGCAUAAGGAUUAAAACAGGGGUGGACUGACCAUUUGGAAACUCAGGCACUGCCCGAGGGCCCGGGGUCAGUAAGGGGCCCCAUGAGAUGCCCCUGGUACCUUUUUUUUCAUAGGCUUUUUUGAGUUUGGGCAAGGACACAGGGGACCCAUGAUCCCCUAUUGCCCGGGGGCCCCAU